AUGGCUUCCUCACCAUCAAUACCCGACACCACAACAACAGAACCAGAAGCAGAAGCAACACUAGCAUCAGAUGAAUCUCUACAAACCGACAUGCCCAUGACGAUGGCAGCAUCGGUGGUAUUGGAUCAUUUACCCCGCGAUGCACAUACCGCACUUUCGAAAGCAGGACUUUUGGACAAGGACAAAAUCCUCCUCCACUUCCGCCCCGGCCCAUCAACCCCUCCUCUCCGCAGCGGCCAAAAAUACAAAAUGUCUUCGUCAUUACACUUCGACGCAGUUGUGAAGUUUCUACGCAAGAAGUUGGCGUUACAAGCACAUGAAAGUGUGUUUUGUUAUGUGAAUCAAGUGUUUGCGCCGGGGUUGGAUGAAGGGGUGGGUAAUCUUUGGAGGUGCUUCAAGACGGGGGAGGAGUUGGUGGUUACGUAUUGUGUUGCGCAGAGUUUUGGUUGA